AUGUUAAUCAUUCACAUUCAAGCCCAAGGUUACAUAAGCCUAAUUUUCAAGAUUUAUCAUAAAUGCAAUUACAAGAACAACUCAAAGUGUUGCCUACAUUUGCAAAUUGCAUCUUUUACAUCAAGAGUUAUAAAAGAGCAUUCAAGUCCUAAAUUAAAAGGAAAGAAAACUCCAAAUAUACAAGAAAGAUUCAAAAUUUCCUAUGGUCUAAGUUACACCAUCAAAGCUCUUAGGCUCACACUUUUUACAAGUCCCAUGAAUUUCCUAUGGCAAGAGAAACCAUGUCUUGAAUUGCUUCCCCUUCAAAUUUCUCCAAGAUCCGCUCCAAGAAAGUUUGGCCUAGUUUCUCCUUGCAUCUUUAAGGUUUCUUCUUCAUGCUCACACCAUCCAUCAACAUAUAAAAAAAAGAGGAAGACAAGUGAGUUUAUCAUGCAUAUUUUGGUCACAAGAAAUAUUGUCAUUCCAACAAAAAUAAACAAGUUAAUAGCACGUUCAAAUUUCCAACAAGCUAAACAUGUUAAAGGCCUAAAGUUUCAAACAAUCAUCAUUCAAAAAUCUCUCAAACAACAAUAA